UAGUCACUUUAGUAGUUUCUUAGUCAGUCUGUUCUAUGUAGUGAUAGGUGAGUUUGGUUUUAAUAACUUAAUCCUCAUCGGAUGGUUAACGUCUUAAACUUUUAUUUGAGUGACACCAUACCGUUUGAAUAUUAUACAUCUAUGAGUUUAAAAUCAGGACACAUUGAUGGUUUGCAGAAGUGUUUACAUUUUACUUUGUAUCCUGCCCACACUUCUUGUUUCCCAAGAAGAUCAAUUACCUACAACAGACUACAUUUUGUGUCGAGAUUGCGGUAAUGACUUGGCAGCAGCUGAUACGAUAGUUAAUCUACGAAGUCCUUCUGCUGUUUCCAGAUUCAACAAGUCAUUAUUUGGUUUACAACAAGUUCUUGUUCAGGAAUUGGUAUAUCCUCCCAUACUGAAAUUCAAAGUCAUCACGGUUGUGGAAACAACCUGUAACGCCUCUUCAAAGGAUUGGGCUGUAGAACAUUCUUGGUUCCCAGGCUACGCAUGGAAACCCUGCACUUGCUCUCAAUGUAAAAAACUAGUUGGCUGGGUAUUUGAACCACUUGCAUCAGCAGACAAAUCGAAGGUCAAGGCCUCUGAUAAAGGUUUCUACACACUCCUACUUGAAGGUGUUGUCAGCGAAUUUUUCUCGAACGGAUUGAUGCUAGUUCCGCAGACGUUGUCCACCCGGGAGAAGUUGUUCACACGGUAGAACAUGGCAGAGCUUACAGCAGAACAGGCAGCCAUGCUGGCUGAGUUUGAAAAUGAGUUUGCCAAUCGGUACACGGAAAGCGAUCCUGACUAUUGCAAGGUGCAGCAGCCUUCUACUCCCCCUGUGGCUCAUCCGUGGUAUGGAGCCCGUCGCAACUUUGACCGCAGAGACAGAGGUGGGGGCAGACAUGGAGGCAGAGGCAGAGACUGGAAUAGAGACAGAGACGGAGGUAGAGACAGAGACAGAGAUGGAGGUAGAGACAGAAACUGGGGAAGAGAUAGAGAUGGAUGGAGAGGGAAUUACCAUCAUGACCGCCACUACAGUCAUCACCGACAUCAGCCUUAUCACCAAUAUCGUUGAAUAAAUUUUUCAACAACUUUA